AGAGGCAUGCAUAUAACAUAAUAUAUUGCGGACCAGUCAUUUUAUUACUAACCAAUAGCUAGUUAUUUUUUUUCGUACGUAAGAAAUGUGAGAUAUCUCGUCAAGGAAGGGCUCCUAACGGUACAAUACAAAACAAUAAGAUAUCUGUGUGAUCCGUCCGUUAGGUUAUACGUUACAUAUAUUCGAUAAAUUAAUACCAAAGAUUCGACUAUUAUUUACAAUGAACAAACGAAAUAUUAUAAAUUGAGUAUAAAUUGAGUAUGUAACAAAUUGAAAAUUACAUGAUCGAGGCAGAUUAUUGUAAAAAUGUAUCAUUUAAUUAUAAACAACGAAAGUAUUGUUAAAUUAAUCGAUGCAUUUAAUUUUAUAAUUAUUGAAAUAUAUUGCGAUUUCGUCCAAUCUCAUUUACCGCCAUCUCGAUUUGGAACGACGCAAGGUGGCGCUUAUUUUGACUCGUUUUCAUUUGAAUAGUCUUGUUAUGUGUCAAUUGCGUUAACACGCCGACAAUAUAACCGGUGCAAGGUGGCUCGCGUUAUUUCUAAUAUCCUUGAAAUUUUAUACUUUCGAGGAUGCAAAUUUUACGACAAUUGGACGUGCAUCCAAAGGUGCGCGAAGAGGCCGAUAUUCUCAUUAGAACAUUCAGCGGUGCUGUCGGUAAUAUAUGUUUUUAUUAUAGUGACUAUUAUUAGUACCAUUAUCAUGGGAAUAUUAUUUUUAUCCGAAGUAAACUAUUAUCUUACGCCUACGCUAAGUGAAGAAUUAUUCGUGGAUACAUCAAGAGGAUCAAAAUUAAGAAUUAAUUUGGAUAUAAUAGUCCCUGCGAUAUCAUGCGAUCUUCUAUCGAUUGAUGCCAUGGACACAACUGGUGAACAACAUUUGCAAAUAGAACACAAUAUAUUUAAGCGGCGUCUGGAUUUAAGUGGAAAACCUAUAGAAGAUCCACAAAAAGCAAAUAUUACAGACACAAAGGCUCUCAGUAAAACUACAGAGAAGACAAUAGGAAAUAUUACAGCUGAAACAUGUGGAGAUUGCUAUGGAGCGGCCAAUGAAGCAUCAGGUAUAAAAUGUUGUAAUACGUGCGAAGAUGUAAAAGAAGCAUAUAGGCUUAGGCAAUGGGCUCUUCCUGUCCCAUCUACGAUAAAACAAUGUCAGAAUGAUAAAUCGGUAGAAAAGAUGAAACAUGCUUUUACACAAGGCUGUCAAAUUUAUGGUUAUAUGGAAGUAAAUAGAGUGGGUGGAAGUUUUCAUAUUGCACCAGGUGAUAGUUUCUCCGUUAAUCAUGUACAUGUACAUGAUGUGCAGCCCUAUUCUUCGUCUCAAUUCAACAUGACCCACAAAAUUCGCCAUUUAAGUUUUGGAUUAAAUAUACCAGGAAAAACAAACCCGAUGGAUGACACUCUUGUAAUUGCAAGGGAAGGAGCAAUGAUGUUUUAUCAUUAUAUAAAAAUUGUACCGACUACCUAUGUGCGUGCGGAUGGUUCAACCCUUUUAACAAAUCAAUUUUCUGUAACGCGGCAUUCCAAGCAGGUUUCUCUGUUUACUGGCGAAUCAGGCAUGCCUGGAAUAUUUUUCAGUUACGAAUUAAGUCCUUUGAUGGUCAAAUAUACGGAAAAGGCAAAAUCUUUUGGACAUUUUGCGACCAACACCUGUGCCAUUAUCGGCGGCGUUUUCACGGUAGCAGGAUUGAUAGAUUCACUUUUGUAUCAUUCAGUACGAGCGAUACAAAAGAAAAUUGAACUAGGAAAAUACAAUUAGAUUGGGAAAUGUGUGAACAAAGACAAUUUCGAAGUGCGCGCAUCUUUCUAUUGGAAUUUUUCGAUUUUUUAUUCGCACAAAGGACAAUUCAUAUAUAUAUAUAUAUAUAUAUAUGAUCUUCAAUCCGUACGUUGUGACAAAAGAAUCUCGCA